UGCACAGGUAAAAAGAGGCAGAAAUCCCACUUCGCCGCAGGGACGCUGUCCACCCUCAUCGGGGAAGCACGCGUGACCUGCACUUCACCGCGCGGUUCCAAACGGCCUUUCGAUCGCACCGUCGCGCCGGCAGGCAUAGGUAUGGUACCUCCCUCCGUCCGCGCGGGUUCGCACCUUUCGUUUCAUACGUACUAGUCAAGGGUGUAGCGCGAGCGUGCGUACUGGCAGCGCAGUGUGCUGGCGAGAACCCCCCCCGUACGAGGCUCGGCGGAACCUUUAUCAGGUGGCGCUGACGCGACGAGCCUGCCUCCGCCGCGCGGGCAGACGCGGGAAUGGCGGCGGAGCGGGCGGUGAUCACAGGGGCGGGGGGGGGCGAGGAGGAGUGGGACGACGACGUGCCUCUGGGGGGCUCCUUCGGCGGCGUCUCUGGCGCAGCUCGUGCUGCUUCCGCCCCGCGGAUCCCUCCGCCAGGGCUCGGCGCGGGCGGUAGGGGCAUCGGCGGAAGAGGAGUCGGUGGACGGGGGAGCGGCGGGGGCGGAAGGGGGGGAAUGGAAAGAGUGGGUGUAGGCUUGGCACAGGCGCUAGCUGCGCGCCCUCAGACUCCCCCGGGUACGUUCCGCGGAAUGCUUCCGGCCAUUCCGCCCAAUCCCCUGGGGGAAUCGCCGUUCCCCCGCCCGCCCGCUGGUUCCGCCAAUACAAGCCAGCGCGCUCCUGCUAGCCAUGCCAGGGCCGGCCAUCCUGCCGGCCAACCUGCCAGCCGUCCGGCUAAAAUUAGGGUUGGGGGGAUGGGAGGAGGGGGAAUAGGCGAGGUUGAAGGGGAGCAGCAGCAGCACCAGGUGGAGCAGCAGCAGGUGGAGCAGCAGCAGGUGGAGCAGCAGCAGGUGGAGCAGCAGCAGGUGGAGCAACAGCAGGUGGAGCAGCGGUAUAGUGAGGAGCAGGGCGAGCAGGAGGGGGAAGCAGGGGACGACUCGGAGGAGGACUUACCGCUCAACAGGCACAGGGGCGCGCCGCAUGGCGCAGAUAGGGGGAGGAGGAAGGGGGGGCGGAGGAAGGGGAGGCGGCGAUAGCUUGGAAGGGGAAGCAGGCGCGUCUCCCUUCCCCCUCAAGCGCAAGCCCAGCGGCCCCCUGCCGCCACCCCCCCACCCAGCCAUGCGGCAGAAACAAGCCCUUUCAGAACAUGAGGAUGCUUAUAACGGAGAUGAUUAUGAAGGAGGCGAGUUUAUGGCGAGUGAAGGCGCCCUUGCAAGCGCGUCUGGUAGCCCGGGAAAGGGACUGGGGA